GAGUCAUGUGAGCUGCGGACCGGAAGUGUUGUCAGAUCCGACAUGGCGGCGGUGCAGAGUGCUCGCUGUCUCUCAAGUGUCCUGAACAGUUUUAUUUAAAUGCUUUCAGAGCCGUUCACGGGGAAAGAGUUUUUUUUUUAUCCUUGUCAACAUGGGCUCUGAGUAAGAUCCACGGCUCUGUGUGACGAAGACGAUCUGUGGAGCGGCGACAGGAAGAAGGAAGAAGCGCGAGCCCUGACUCAUCCUCCCAGCGGCGGCCAUGUCUGAGGGCGGGCCGACGGCGGAGACGGCGCCGUUCUUCUCCGACGACAGCGAGGCGGAGGAGCAGGGCGUUGCCGCGGCAACGGCCCGGCGGCCGGCGGAGGAGGAGCCGCCCAGCGGGGUGUCCCCGGUCCGGGCGCUGCUCACCGUCUUCAUCCUCUGCUACAUCAACCUGCUCAACUACAUGGACCGCUUCACCGUGGCAGGUGUUCUCCCCGACAUCGAGCAGUAUUUCGGGAUUGACGACGGGAAGUCCGGCCUGCUCCAGACCGUUUCGAUACCAGCGGCUGUAGUCCUGAACUCAGACCCGUUGUUCUAUGUCUCGACUUCGUACUCACGUUGCUAUGUCAUGUCCUCCUGCACGGGGACACACAUGGCAGUAGGGUACUGGUCCGAUGGUCUGACUGUACCCCCCCACCCCCCCUGUCCCCCCCCCAUGCAGCAUUUCUGGGUGCUGCUGCUGACGCGGGGCCUGGUGGGCGUGGGCGAGGCCAGUUACUCCACCAUCGCCCCCACCAUCAUCGCAGACCUCUACGUCAAGGAGAAGAGGACCAACAUGCUCUCCGUCUUCUAUUUCGCCAUACCUGUCGGCAGCGGACUCGGAUACAUCGUGGGCUCACAGGUCGGGAACCUGGCGAAGGACUGGCACUGGGCUCUGAGGGUCACUCCGGGGCUGGGCCUGAUCGCCGUGCUGCUGCUGGUUUUCGUGGUCCAGGAGCCUGAGAGAGGAGCCAUCGAAGCCCAUCCGGAGCAUCAGGUGCACCGGACCAGCUGGCUGGAGGACCUGCGCGCCCUCAGCAAGAACUACAGCUUCGUGUUGUCGACCUUCGGCUUCACGGCGGUGGCGUUCGUCACCGGCUCGCUGGCUCUGUGGGCGCCGACGUUCCUCUUCAGAGCCGCCGUCUUCAACGGGGAGAGAGCGCCCUGCGUGGAGGGCAACUGCGCCGCCUCAGACAGUUUGAUUUUCGGAGCCAUCACCGUGGUUACGGGUGUGCUGGGCGUGACCAGCGGCGUGCUGAUCAGUCGGCAGCUGAGGACCAGGACCCCCCGAGCCGACCCGCUGGUCUGCGCCGCCGGCCUCCUCCUCUCAGCACCGUUCCUCUACCUGGCCAUCGUCUGCGCUCAGGGCAGCACCAUCGCCACCUACGCGUUCAUCUUCCUCGGAGAAACCUUCCUGUCCAUGAACUGGGCCAUCGUGGCCGACAUGCUGCUGUACGUGGUCGUUCCCACGCGGCGCUCCACGGCCGAAGCUCUGCAGAUCGUCAUCAGUCAUCUCCUGGGAGACGCAGGGAGUCCCUACAUGAUAGGAGUGGUUUCGGACGCCCUGAGGAAGGAGGACUCGUUCCUGUGGCAGUUCCGCUCUCUGCAGCUCUCCCUGCUGCUCUGCUCCUUCGUGGCUGUGAUCGGCGGAGGCUUCUUCCUCGCCACCGCCCUCUUCAUCGAAAAAGACCGCCAGCGGGCCGAGAACUACGACUCCACAGACGACGAGCCGAUCGUUGUCCCGAAGAGCGGCCGGUCCACCAGAGUCCCGGUGUCCAGUGUCCUCAUCUGACGACACACACACCCGUGGUUAUUGUAGUUUUUAAGGACUGUGACCACCGAUUGGACCAUCUGCCAUGCAGAGAAGUUUAUUUUUAACCUCUUGAUAUGAUAUUUUUUAUGAUUUUUACCGUGCCCGGGAACACGCCGCUGCCACGGAGUUUUCCCAGGACUUUGUUGGACAUGGUGUCGAGUGACUCUGCAGAGAAGCAACAGAAGCUUCUCUGAUCAUCUGGUAACCGAUGGAUGUCUUUCUCACCCUCAGUGGGACCCUGAGUCGGCUGAUCUGGGAUCAGCCACAGAUCCAGAGACAAAAGGAUUCAUAUCCUCUGCAACCACAACCAAAACACAGGCUGCAUCGUGCUCCCAGAGUUAUUUUAUAUAUAUAUAGACAACGCUUUAUUAAUCGGUUAAUAACCCAGUGUGUUACGUGUCAAACAGUUGCAACACUAAUAUUCUUAAAGUUGUCCAUGAAGCAGGAGACAAUGCUCCAAGCGGUUAGAGUAUCAUUUUAUUCAUCUGUUUAUCUUUUACAUAUGUUGCUGCUGUGUUUUUGUUGUUUUUAGUGUCUGUAGUUUGAGAUGUUCCCGGUGUUAAAGGGAGUUUUUAAAGAGCCGGGACGUUUCGUUUUGUUUCCUUUGCGUGAGGUCGGAGCUCGGCGUGCUCCGGAGAGCUUCACCAAGUCGCCCGUCCCCGUCUGUCUCUGCAGGUAGAGCACACGCUGCACCACACUUUGUUAUUUAAAAAGAAGGAAAAACACCUUUUGGAUCCAUGUUAAUAAUCAAAGAUGUUUGUUAACCUCAAAAUUAUUUUAGCAAAUCUGUUUUUUGAGCUAUUAAACAGGAAUUAACUUUG